CGAUUGUUUUUGUCUUACUGUGUUGUUUUCAUUUAUGCUGUUUUUUCUAUUAUUAUUUAGUAGUGAAGAUGAUGUUCAAUUGCAUAUUCUUCAAAUGAGUUCUGGUUGUUGUUUUGAGUACACGUUUUUAUUUGGGAAAAUUACGCUCUAUGUCUACUGGGAGAAAAUAUUUACACACUUUAGCCCAUAUUUUGGGUUUGUUACCCAGUUUAGCCCAUAUUUGUGUAUAGACACCUUUAAUACACUAUAAUAAACUUUUAUACAAGGUUAAUACAUUUUGUAUAAUGCUUUCCCCGAGGUAUAAUGCUGUAUAAUAUUGUAUAAACUGAAAAUAUGUUUACGUGGCGUAAUAUUUUAUGUUGGGUUGUAUAUUUUUGAAAAUUUCCCUUUUUAUUUGGACGAGAAAUCCAAUUUUUCAUUUUCUGGGUUUCAAUUUUUGUUCACAUUUGGAUUAAAUUUAGGUUCUUCAUUUAAUUUUGGAAGUGCACCAGAGACUGAGAAUUUUGAAUUUAAAUUUUUUUUAUCAUCUGUAGUUGAAUGGAUGCUUAGAUUUCAAAAUCGUCGUUUUAGUUUGACUUAUUUAGGUUUCAACUUGGGGAUAUUCUGGGAUUCAGUAUUAACUUCAAGUGAAUCCAAAAACACGUACUGGAUCUGGUUUGCGAUUUAGCAGUGGAUGAAUAAGUGUUUCGCGUAUUUAUUAUCUUCUUCGCAUUAGUCAUACGUUGCAAAUAGUUAUACCUCUUCUUUGUAGAUUGUGUUGGGUCAAGAAAAUAUAUCCGACCAAUAGCUGUAAAAACACUCUACUUUUGAAGGUGCUCUAUUUCUCCAUAUCAAUUUCCAUUGCCAUACUUAUGGUCUGUUUUUGGGACUAAACUUUAUACUCGGACUUCACUGAGAAAAGGCUACCCUUAGUUCCUUCCAUACUACCCUAUUCUGUGUUAAUUAUUGACCUUAGAAGCUACUCACUCCGUCCCAAUUUAUGUGACACCCUAUCCUUUUCAGUCAGUCCCAAAAAGAAUGACACCUUUCUAUAUUUAGUAACAAUGUAACUUUAGAAUACCCGUUUUACCCUUAAUGAGAUGAUUUAACCACACAAGUAUCUAUAUUAUAUUAUUUUGUUUUAGAUCCCAAGUUUCAAAAGUCUUCCAUUGUUUCUUAAAUUUUGUGCUCAGUCAAACACUUUCGCAUAAAUUCGGAUGGAGGGAGUAUCUGUUAUCUACACAUAGCUGCUCAUAUCCUCCAUUUCCCAAUUACUUCGCCUUCUUCCCCAAUCAUUGCACGUUCUUGUUAGGGAAAUAUUUCAUCCUUGACUAGACCAGUAAUCUUCAACUGCGGCAUUGUGAUUAUUUACUAUGCUGAAAGUGGCGGGGAACUGAUCUCUGAGAGGUGUCAAGGUUGAUGUUUAACUGGGACAAGCAAUAAUAGGCUAAAUGGUCAUUAGCUCAAAUCAGCUUUUCAGGUUAUAGUCAAUCCAGUCAACAAUUGAAGUGAUGCCUGCUAUGAAGACUGCUGUUCAUGGUGGGAUUGGGCACGUAUUCAGCAAACUAACAAAGGAGAUUGGUGAUCCUGUUGAUUUUGAACUUCCAGAGUGGUUAAAUAAAUGGCAAUCAAUGCCCUAUACCUUUAUAAAGCGCAAUAUAUACCUCACUAAGAAGGUAAAGCGACGUUUGGAAGAUGAUGGUAUAUUUUGUUCCUGCAGCUCAACGCCAGAAACUUCUACUGUGUGUGGCAAGGAUUGUCUCUGUGGCCUGCUGAUGUCUAGCUGCUCCUCGGGUUGUAAAUGUGGGAUUUCUUGUCUGAAUAAGCCAUUCCAUCAACGUCCUGUGAAGAAGAUGAAAUUAGUGAAGACUGAGAAAUGUGGCUCUGGGAUUGUGGCAGAUGAAGAUAUCGAGCGAGGAGACUUUGUUAUAGAGUAUGUGGGAGAAGUUAUUGAUGACAAAACAUGUGAAGAGAGGCUUUGGAAAAUGAAGCACAGUGGGGAAACAAACUUUUACUUGUGUGAAAUCAAUCGGGAUAUGGUGAUUGAUGCCACUUACAAGGGCAAUAAAUCCAGAUACAUUAAUCAUAGUUGUUGUCCAAAUACUGAGAUGCAGAAAUGGACGAUUGAUGGUGAAACAAGAAUUGGCAUAUUUGCGGCACGAGACAUUAAAAGGGGCGAGCAUCUGACCUACGAUUACAAGUUUGUUCAAUUUGGUGCAGAUCAAGAUUGCCACUGCGGUGCUGUAGGAUGUAGGAGAAAGCUGGGCGUUAAACCUAACAAGCCAAAACUCCCUGCUUCAAAUGCUGCGUUAAAGCUAGUGGCAUGUCAGGUGGCUGCCACCUCUCCCAAAUUGAAAGCGCUUCUAUCUACGCAUCAUGUUUUACAAGCUGGAGUUCCUCCAAUAGGUUAUCAUUCUGACAUAAAAAUAAGGCGACCUCGUAAUUGCAUUGGUCAAGUUAUAAGAAUAAUCCGCUCUCUUGACACAAGGUCCUUUGGAAUUGUAAAACAGUUUGAUGCCAUCACCAAAAAACAUUUGAUCAUGUUUGAAGAUGGCUAUGUUGAGUACCUUGACCUGUCAAAAGAAGAUUGGGAAUUCUGUUAACUUUCUUGUGUAAUCAGGUAUUAGCAGUCAGGAUAGGAGAUGGACAUGAUUCAACCUCUGUAAGGAUAAAGGAUAUGUGAUUAUGUCCAGAUCCAAAACAUUGAAAAAGCAUUUAUGUUGUACCAAAUGUAUAAGUUUCAUUGUACAACUUUCUAUUAAUAAACCUGCAAUUUUUGAUGAAUUUUUUCCAAUGUAAGCGUUAAACUAAAGAUAGGAAACAUUCUUUACAAUGUAAGCAUAGCAAAUGCACCUAUAGUUGACCUUGUAUCAUAAACAAUUCUUUGUGUUGUCUCA